CCCCGGCCGCUGAGCCAAUCGCGUCGAGGCUUGUUUAAAGGCGACCAGCGCACGCCGUGCGGACCCUCACUUCCUGGUCGAAGAUGGCGGAUGAGAAUGAGACAGCACCGAUCCCGGAGAAAGAAGAUGUAGAAGACCACGGACACUGUAGCGACUGUGAAAAUGAAGUGCACCACUUGGAGGACGGCGACCCGGCUGAUGACACUGGUGCCAAGAAGAAGAAAAGGAAACAGAAAAAGAAGAAGAAAGCUGGUGCCACAGAAGCGGCUCAGGACACGCUUGCCAAGGUAAAUUCACUGCCAGCUGAUAAGCUACAGGAGAUCCAAAAGGCCAUUGAACUGUUUUCUGUUGGCCAAGGUCCGGCCAAAACCAUGGAGGAGGCCAGUCGGAGGAGCUAUCAGUUUUGGGACACACAACCUGUGCCCAAGCUUGGGGAGACCGUAACGUCCCACGGCUCGAUCGAACCUGAUAAAGACCAGAUCAGAGAAGAGCCCUACAGCCUCCCUGGCGGCUUCAGCUGGGACACCCUCGAUCUGGGCAACCCUGGAGUGCUUAAGGAGCUCUACACUCUCCUGAAUGAGAACUAUGUGGAAGACGAUGACAACAUGUUCAGAUUUGACUACUCUCCUGAGUUCUUGCUCUGGGCCCUACGACCCCCAGGAUGGCUGCCUCAGUGGCACUGUGGGGUUCGAGUGAACUCCAACCAGAAGCUGGUCGGGUUUAUCAGUGCAAUCCCAGCCACCAUCCGCAUCUAUGACGUAGAAAAGAAAAUGGUAGAGAUCAAUUUCCUGUGCGUCCACAAGAAGCUUCGAGCCAAACGGGUCGCUCCAGUUCUGAUCCGAGAGAUCACCAGACGCGUGAACCUUCAGGGCAUCUUCCAGGCGGUGUACACUGCUGGAGUAGUACUGCCCAAACCGGUGGGGACGUGCAGGUACUGGCAUCGCUCUCUGAACCCGAGGAAGCUGAUCGAAGUGAAGUUCUCCCAUCUGAGCCGGAACAUGACUAUGCAGCGCACCAUGAAGUUGUACCGUUUGCCUGAGUCUCCAAAGACUUCUGGUCUGCGACCGAUGACCAAGAAGGAUGUGCCAGUGGUGCAUCGCCUCCUCCGUGAGUACCUUAGCCAGUUCAACCUGGUCCCUGCCAUGAACGAGGAGGAGGUGGAACACUGGUUGCUCCCGCAGGAGAACAUUAUAGACACGUUCGUGGUGGAGAACGAAGGCAAAGUGACAGAUUUCCUGAGCUUCUACACGCUGCCUUCCACCAUAAUGAAUCACCCGGUGCAUCGCAGUCUUAAAGCGGCGUACUCCUUCUACAACGUGCACACCACCACGCCAAUGCUGGACCUGAUGUCUGACGCGCUCAUUCUGGCCAAAUCGAAAGGCUUCGAUGUCUUCAAUGCACUGGAUCUAAUGGAAAACAAGACUUUCUUAGAGAAGCUGAAGUUCGGCAUCGGCGAUGGGAAUCUACAGUAUUAUCUGUACAAUUGGAAGUGUCCCAGCAUGGGACCAGAAAAGGUUGGAUUGGUUCUGCAGUGACAUCCCUUUACGCCAUAAGCACGCGUCACCAACGGGCCUGAAGACCGCACCACGGACUUAUGACUUCAUGCUUUCGGAAAAGAAAACCCACCGCCCAUUUUUACUCUCUGACGUUUUGAACUUUUACCUGCACUACUGCUCCCAGGUGUACAGGGGUUGGGAGGACCCUCAGGUCCCCCCCUCCCCUCCUCCUCCUCCUUCAGCCACAUGGACCUUAAGCUGUUGUAGUUCAUCAUUGCAAGCAACUGUAAUUCCUCUGAAAGCUGUCUUAAAUUGUACCAAAUCACACAACGCAGCCGAUUUUCACGGGUCACUGGCCACUACCAUCCAUGAAACCUACAGUACGUGUGAGUGUGUAACAAGUCCGACAUAAUGCCCUAACACAUGCAGAGUAGAAGCUGUCUGAUUUUAUCUUGAAAUGUUGGAAGUGGUUUUUGCAACUAAAAUGAAACUCAUUAAGUUUUAGAAAUAAAUAAAUAAAUAAAAAAAUCAAUGGGUGAAAGAGAGAUUUUAAAGAGGAGACUCUACAUGAUGCGGUUAAUAAAUACCAAAUGAUACUUAAACUAAGGGCUUCUGGUUAGAUCUGUUUUGUUUGGUUUUUUUUUUUGUCAUGCUUGACCCUUUUUUAAACAAUAUAUGUUUCAGUAGCCUUGAAAAUUAAUCAGCACUGCUUGAAUUAAAGCCAGAGUUGGUGUUCAUCUUCUGGAGCUCGGCUUGUUAUAUCCACUUCCUGUGACCAUCCUUCUUGAGCUCACCGUACUAACAAACAGAACCCAGGAAUGCAGACAUAUCAUGGACUUGCUGGGGGACAAAUCAGUCCGUAUCGAUCAGGCUUGGCUGCUACGUAGAGGCAGAAAGCUUCCUGAUGUGGGGGGGUUAACAUUUAUAAUGACAUCUUUUAAUAUCAAUGAGCCCCCAGUAGAAAAAAAGAAUGUUCACCUUUGUGAUCCCCAGAGACUUGUGAAAUUUCCCAAACAUGUUGGGUUUAAGGACAAGAUCAGAAACCUUUUGUAUUUUUCUUUUUACCCUAGAAUGCAGGUAAGCUUCCUGAGAAAGUCCAAGAAUACGUUGAAAUGCAUUUCUUCAAAAAAA